AUGUCCUAUUUCAUGUCUCCACAAACUCAUCUGGGUCUUCUGCCUUCUGAUCAAGGUGGGGCUGCUUCGCCACACCCCUCCCUUGGCCUCUAUAACCCUGCAGAACCAGUGGUGGUGGCCCCUGGUGGACUAGGCUCGUGGAGCCAGAAAGCUGAGCAGCUAGUACCUGCUGCCCAGGCCUGGGGCCCAGGCCUGGUCAUUCCAGAGGCCAGGGGCUGCCCUGUGGGGCCUAGCUGGGAGCCACAAUGGCAGGAGUAUGGCCAAUACUGUCCCAAACUACCCCCAGGGAGGCAGCAGGAGAACAGCUGCUCCAGAGGCCGAGCACCCCAGGUGGGUGGCCCUAGCCGGCCCGGGCCCCUGCUGUUGUGCAGGCUGUCACCAGGGGCUCUGCCUGCCGAGGUGGCGGGGCGGGAAGCUGGCUCACAGCCCAACAUCUGCAUCCUAACCUUGGCCAUGAUGAUCGCUGGCAUUCCCACCGUGCCUGUCCCAGGGCUGCGGGAAGAGGAUCUGAUCCGGGCAGCCCAGGCUUUCAUGAUGACCCAUCUGGAGCCAGAAGGAGUCGUGCAAGGGACACAGGCGCCCACCCACACGGUCUCUGGGCAGAUGUCCCUUGUGAGGUCCACAACUGUCCUGCCUCCUGCUUGUAGCUGGAUGAAAUAG